GUAUAUAGGUAGGCAGUUAUGAACCUACCGCCAUUCAGUCUCAUAAUAAACAGCUUGCGAAACGGACGUGUGACUUUCCUUUAAUGCACCUAUGCACAUAUAUUACAUUGGCGAUCGACGGUUAAAUUAUGGACUAUUGAUGCGUGCAAAGACAUACGAGUGUUUUUUUUUUUAUUUGUUAAUGUUUGUUCGUAACGUGAUAAGUGCAUAUGAGUUAAACUACGGUGCGGUUAAUUGUGGGCCUGUGUGUAUCGCGGUACAUAUAAGUACAAAAUGUCGGUUGGAAAGAUCAAGGCUUUUGAAGUAGCUUCUGGUAAUUGGACAAUGUACAUCGAGCGUCUGGAGAUGUAUUUUAAAGCAAACGACAUUAAGGAAGAUGUACAAUUACCUACGCUAAUUGCAGUUAUGGGCACAGACGCAUACGAAUUGUUGAGAAAUCUAACCAGCCCUAAAAAGCCUGGGGAUUUGAAAUACACUGACGUCGUUAAAAUAAUGCAAGACCAUGUGGAACCUAAACCUUCAUUUAUGGCCGAGAGGUAUCGUUUUCGACUGCGGCGCCAAGGGGCAGAGGAAUCCGUGGCACAGUAUCUCACGGAACUCAAGAAGUUGUCGAAGCACUGCGAGUUCGACUCGUCAUCAUUAGAGGACAAUCUCCGUGAUCAAUUUACGUGUGGAUUAAAAAGUGACACUAUAAAACAACGUCUCUUUGCCGAGAAAAAUCUAACCUAUGCGAGAGCGGUAAGCCUCGCGCUCUCGUUGGAAGCGGCGGAGAGGGACGCGGCUACGGUAGAACGCCCGUGUGCGAGCGAGAGCACCGUAGGCAGAUCAGAUAUGGCGUCCGUAAAUGCGAUCACACCGGGACCACGUGGCGGAAAUAUAGGCAGUAAUCGGAACAACAGUGCCAGUGCUAGCAAUAUGCAGAACAAUGCGCCCAAAUGUGCAGUUUGUGGACGGCAAGACCACCGCGAAGCAGCGUGCCGCUAUAAGAACUUCACGUGUAGCAAGUGUGGUUCCGUGGGCCAUCUGAGGCGGGUAUGCCCGUCUUGGGGAUCGGCUAGCGGCAGUAGCGGCCAGGGAGCGCCCGGCGGGCGCGGGCCGGGCGCCGCCGGCAGGCGCGGCGCGGCCGCGGGGGCGCGGCGCGGGCGGCGCGCCCUGCACCACGUCCAGGCCACUUAUGAGACUCCAGGGGCCGACGAGGACAAUUCGUCGGAAACUGAAUUGGAAGAAAAUUUGCAUCACCUAUGUUUAAACGACUACAGACCGGUAAGCAUGUCUAUGCACGUAGACAACAUCAUAUUAGACAUGGAAAUCGAUACGGGCUCCCCGAUAUCCUGCAUUAGUGAGGCAAACUAUUAUAAAUAUUUUAGGCAUAGGCCUAUAAGGCCUUUCAAAUUGUCAUUCACUUUUCUUGAUGGGAGUAAAUUCAAACCGUUGGGAAUUAUAAGACCGGAGGUUGUUUAUGAAGGUACAUUAAAAAAGUUGGAACUGUUCGUCGUUGAGGGGGGUACGACCACCAUUUUAGGCCGGCAAUGGCUAAAAGAGCUAGGAAUUAGGAUACCUGUGUUAAAUUGUCAGAUCGAGAGUAAUAAUGAAUUGUGUAAAUUACUCGACAGAUAUAAGGAGCUGUUUAGCGGCGGUUUGGGGCGGUUCACGGGCGGCAAGGCGACGCUUCGCGUGAAGGAGGGCGCGGCGCCGGUGUACUGUCGCGCGCGCCCGCUGCCCUACGCGCUGCGGGACCGGGUGGACCACGAGCUGGACGAGAUGCUGCGCAGCGGCGUCAUCGAGCCCGUCGACACCUCGGAGUGGGCUACGCCUCUGGUGCCGAUCCAUCAGCUUUACUCUUACCACAAGACAGACCAUUGGCACCAGAGAACAUGACAAGAGAAGCCGCGCCCACUCCAGGUACGCCAGAGCAAGCGGAGUCGUGGGCGACACCGCCCGGCACCCCGGGCCCGACACACCGGGCCACGACGCCCGGCGGCGCGCGCCGCAGUACACCGCCGACACCGACCGCCGGUCCCGGUAACUAUCUCCAAACGUCGCCCUUGCCGCCCCCGGAACCGCCUCAACCCCGUCAUGUGAGAGAGUGCCGGAUUUUAAAUCCACCGAAAUACAAAUUUUAAGGAUUUACGUUAGGUGUAUUUAGUUCUUGUUAUGUGUGUAAUCUCAAUUUACCAUUGUACACUUUAUCGCGUUGCAAUAACGUUCACGAAAGGUCCCUUAGAGGUGUUGAUUAAAAAACUUAAUAUAAGUUACCUAUGUACCUACUCAUACGUACAGAUAGUAUUUUAAGUGGGAUGAGUAGAUACUGGUUACCCAAGUACAUAUUAUAAAUAUUAUAUACCUACUCAUAUACCUACAUUUUCAUAUACCUACAUUUUUAAUUUUAAUUACUCACGUUAAAUUUGUGUAAACCCCUUACUACAUGCAAAAAAAAAAAAAAAAUUGAAAUUUGAACUUAAAGUAGACGUCAAGUUGUGUAUGUGUAUCAUAUUUGCUUCGAAUGCAGUAAGGAGUUUUUAAUACCAUGUAAGUGCAUCAUUAAGUUGGUAAAAUUCAGAGUUAAUACUAAGUUAAACUUGUAUUUUUUAAUUUCAAUAAUUAGGAACUUACCUAGAUACCUGAAAAAUUACAUUUAUUUACUUAUACUUAAUAAUAAAUAAAUACCUGUUUAAUACGUUCAUAUACCUACCUACAACGUAUCAGCUGAUUUGCGUUCCGGUUUAGAUUUAAUACGCAUGCCCUUGUUGUGGUUACCCAUGUAUACCUAUACAUGUAUGAGGCAAUCCAGCUGUGCAUUAUGACGUGUAUCUAGGUAUAGGUACAAAUUGUUUACGUUAUAUUAAGAGGAGAGUAAGAUAUAGUGGUUUUGUUUGUUAUAGAUUUUAACGGAUAAUUUUCUUUAACGAUGAACUAUGAUUAGACUUUUUGCUGGCCGACUGAGAGUUGACCUUUUUUUCAUUUUGUAAUAAUACCUAUGUUAGAUUUAAGAAGAGAGUAAUGAUAUGUAUAUAGGUAGGCAGUUAUGAACCUACCGCCAUUCAGUCUCAUAAUAAACAGCU